GGUGGAGCAAUAUGGCCGCAUCAAUGGACAAGUUCAAAACGAGUUGCUGUCCUAUGCCCAGUAUAGUUUUUAAUAUGAGGAAUGCUGCUAUGAAGCUGUUUCUAGUGACGUUUUUAUUUUAUCUGACGAGUCCGUGUAAUGGCGAUGAUGGUGUGGAGUUGGAUGAAUUUCUGAAGCGGGAGUAUUCACUUUCAAAACCUUAUCAAGGUGUGGGAUCUUUCAGUUCGUCCCACUGGGACCUAAUGGGCACGGCAAUGGUCACACCAGAACAUGUCAGACUCACUCCAGACCUCCAAAGCCGAGUUGGCGCAGUUUGGAGCCGAAUUCCCUUUUUUAUCCGUGACUGGGAGCUGCAUGUCCAUUUUAAGAUUCAUGGCCAGGGCAAGAAGAACUUGAAUGGCGACGGAAUGGCUUUCUGGCUGACCAAGGAGAGAAUGCAGAAUGGUCCAGUCUUUGGGAACAUGAACUUGUUUACGGGCAUGGGAGUGUUUGUGGACACCUACCCCAACGAAGACAAGAGUCAUGAGAGAGUGUUUCCAUACAUUUCGGUGAUGGUGGGAAACGGUUCUUUUCCUUACGACCAUGACCGUGAUGGCAGGCCGUCAGAGCUGGGUGGCUGCACAGCCCUCGUGCGCAACGUCGCCCACGACACCGUUCUCCUCAUCCGAUACAUGAAGAACAGACUCACCGUGAUGACGGAUGUGGAUGGGAAGAGGGAGUGGAAGGAGUGCCUGGAUGUGACUGGAGUCCACAUGCCACUGGGCUACCACUUUGGGGCGUCCUCCGUUACUGGAGAUUUAUCAGAUAACCAUGACGUGAUCUCCAUGAAGCUGUAUCAGCUGACGGUGCAGAGGAGCUCGCAGGAAGAGGAGGAGGAGAGGGAGGAUGUCACCCUGCCCAGUGUGGACUACAUGCCGCAACAAAAGGUGGAGGUAGAGGAGGAGGGCAUGGGUCCGGUUGGACGCUUCUUUGCCUUCGUGAUUGCCGUGAUGGGCCUGAGCGUGCUGGCCAUUGUGGGGGUGGUGCUGUACGGACGCUGGAAGGACAGGAGCCGCAAGAGAUUCUACUGAGACCCCACCGCAUCGCACCGUACACGGACAUGAAUCUAUUGGGUGAGGGAGAGAGAGAGAGAGAGAGUGAGCGAGCGAGUGAAUGAGAGAGUGAAAGAAUGAAAAAUGGACAGCUGACACGGACAUGAAUCGAAGGGGUGAGUAUGAAUGAUUUGGUGAAUGACAGUGAGAGAGAGAAAGAAAGAGACUGAGGACAACUAAGAGCAUCAGUGGGCAGUGCCUCUUCACACAGGCUAAGCCCACCUCCCCAUCCCACCUUGCCCUCCGACUGCUACAACUUUCUAGAAAAGCCCUUUACACAGUACCUCAUCCUCAUAGCCAGCCAAUCUCCUGAACUUAAGAGUGAUCGCCUGGACAUAAUUUUUUAUUACCAUGAAGGACUGAGAUGAUUGUGAUCAGAGACGUACCGGUAUGCACGCUGUCCAACAAAACCUUCCCUCUGCUCUGACCCCUCACAUGUGAAGAGUAUUGAACUGUGACUAGAAACCCAGAUUGAUCUUUGGACGUCUACCAAGUUGUUGUGUUUUUUUUUUUCUCUCUCCUUUCCCCUCUUUACCCCUUUUUUUCCUCCUCGUCAGUGUUGCCCCCUAUAAAUGCUGUAUUAAUGCACUGGACUGGGACUUGCAAACGUGUUGGUCCACCGGGGGAGCCGCUGUACUGAUAUUUUCCUUUUUGCACUUCAGUACUUUUAACAGCCAAGAAGGUCAGCAGAUUGAAAUGAGGAAGAUGCUCACCAAAAACACCCAUAUUUUUUUAUUCCAUCAGCAGCCUUUUUCUACUAAUGAACCCAAAAAGCAUUUUUUCCCAGUUUACUUGUGGUAACAGAUCGCUCUUCAUCUCAACCGUUUGUCCGUGUGUGUGUGUGUGUGUUUGAUGAAGACAUGUUGUCGUCAUCAUCAUCAUCAUCAUCAUCAUCAUUGGUCCGACCCCUGUACGAAAUCAGCGUUAAUGUGAAGAAACGUGUGUUUGAUGAGGGCUCAAGUCUUAUUUAUCAAUUAUUCGAAUUAUUGUGUUUCCAUGUCCCAAGUGUGUGUGUGCGUAUGCCUGUGCGCGUGUGUGUGUGUGUGUGAGGUUGUUUGUACUUGAUUUUUAUCCAGGUUGUCCUUAAUGAUUGUGAUCAUGUUGAAGACUUUGUGCUUGAGCAGAAGUAGCUGAUCGUUUACAUCCAAAACAAGCUAAUUAUUAAAUUACUCGUACUAAACAAAAUUUAUAUCCAGAGAAGAACAAUACAAUGCAAUCUUCUUGUGUGCAAAACCAAAAUCUGUGACGGCGCUGUUUUAUUAUUGUUAUUCAAACCAUCACAUGUAAUUUACUGUUGGAUGAAAAAAAUACUGGAAAUCAGAGUACAUGUGAUCAUAGCAUUGUAUUCUUCUUUUAAUUAUUUUUUGUUUUCUUAAAAUUUCUGUUACUGAACCACUAAUGGCCAUUAUUGUCUGAUGCCUUAUGUUGUUGCUCUGCAUCGACCCGCCACUCAGAAGACAAUUGUGUUGACGCACUCUUCACAUCACUAUCUUUGUAUACAGCUCUUCCUCCAGCAGGCUUUCACGUCUGUGAUCAAAGGCACAUUGACAAUAGAACAUAUCUGACAUCCUUGUCCUCGUACAUUGACAGUGCCAAGAGGUUGAAUUUCUUUGUCUUUGUUUUUUGUUUUUUUCUCUGUAGAUCCGCACAAGUCUUUAAUCAAGAAUUGUAUUUUGUUGACUUUUUUCAUUUUGUUGAGGCCAUCAUAUCAAAGAAAAUUGUACGUCUUGAGAAUGAAAUGUCUUGGAGUAAAUUUUAUGUCAAAUGGUUUUUGUGUGUGAGAAGAGGUUGGAUUUCAUUUUUUCUUUAUCAAAUCUUCUAAAUAAAAUAAAAAAUUCAAAGAUGAUUUUCCGAAAUGAAA